AAGAAAAUGAAUUUAUUAGAGGAUUUAGAAAAUAAUGGAACUCAAUAAAUGGAUUUGCUUAAUUUUGAGUAUGAUUAAUUAAUUAAUUAAAUUAUUAGUCAUUAAGCUAAUGUGAUACCAAAUGUAGAUUUUUAUAAUGCAAUUGUGGUGAAUGAAUUUAUGAAUAAUCGAAUUAUAGAAGUUAAAGAUGGAGAAGUAGUAAAAGAAGGAUAUAUAACUAAAUAUAAGUUGUAUUUAGUAAGAACAAAAAAAUAAGGAGGAGAAUGGGAAACAGAAGUAUCAAGGAGAUUUAGUGAUUUUGAAUGGUUAUACUAGGAAUUGAUUAAUAAAUAUGGUGGAUAUAUAAUUCCUGCAAUUCCUGAAAAGCAUCUACUAACUAAAGUUAAUUUAGCUAGUUAUGAGGUAAUAUUUUCGAUUUAAAAUUUAAAAAUAUAGUUUUCAGAAAAGAGAAGAAAAGACCUUUAGUAAUUUCUUUAAAGGAUACUUAAUCAUCACCAUCUUAGAUAUGUGCCAGAAUUAAGAAUAUUUAUUGAAGAUAAAGAAAAAGUAUUAAUAAAAAUGAUUUUAUUAGUUUAUUUCACUUUUAAAAGGAGAAUUGGAAUAAAAUAAGACAAUUGAAUAAAAAUGUGAUAAUCUAUUACAAUCUGUUAAGACUCUAUGGCAUAGUAGUACUAUAGCAGCAAAAGGUUAAGAUCAUUCAAAAAUGUUUGAUGGAAGCGAGAAGGAUCUAACUUAUGAUGAAACACUUCUUUUAGCUUUUUCUAUGAAAGGUAAUAAACUUAAAACUGUUGUUGAAGAACAUGUAAUUACAUUAAGAGAGGAAGCAAAAACAUUAAAUGAUUAAAAUGAAGCUCUCUAUUCUUGGAGUAAUUUAUAAUUAUUUAUAUUAUUUAGAUGGAUUAGGAUCUGCUAGUGAAGAAGAUAUUUCUUAAUUUAAAUUAUUGAAGUAUAACAAUGAAAUCAGAUAAACCAAAAUUAAUAGAGAAAUUGAAGACAUUGAUAGAAAAUUCUUGCCAAGACUUUAAAAUUCUUUGUUUGAAAUAGAAUGGGCAUUGACAGCUUGUAAAAGAAGAAGAAAUCUAUAAUAAUAACUAUUAAUUGAUUAAUAAAGAAUUGAAUAACUUAAAAUGUAAUACACAGAUAAUUCAAGCAGAGUAUUUAUUAUAAUCAUUUUAAGAGAGAUUUAGAAAUGGAUGUACUCAAAACUAAAUAUCAAAAAAAUAAAGAUAAAAGUGAUAAAAUGUCUAUUAUCAUGUAGGAUGAACUAUUGAAUUUUAUCACAGAAAUGAAACAACAAUUAAAAUCAAUUAUAGAAGAAUGGAGAACUAUUAUGAAGAGUUUAUCCAAAAAUGUUAUUGAAGAUGAUAAUGAUUGAAAUAUAU